AUGUAUGUCCGAAACGAUCUGGUUCGCCAACACAUUUUCGAUAUCGGUUACAGCAAUACCUCGCGUAUAUACACAAAGGUCUACACAGAUGACUCGAGGUGUGAAUCCAGUCAACAAUGGGAACUACGGGCUACCAUGGAUGCGAAACCGAAUGCCCGGUGGUACGAGAUUUGCCCAUGA